UCUGCCUCUUCCCCACUCUCCAGGCAGGUCAAUGCCAACGGACGGAGGACACCUCCAGAAAGACACUGAGGAUACCUCUGUGACCGAUUUUCUCGACGCCAAGGGCAUUCUCAUGAGGCUGGCACGAUACCUCCGAAGCGAGGAGAAGACGGACAUCGUCGUCGCGGCCAUUGAGGCAAUGAACUGGUGGAGUGUCUCUGACAAGGAUGCAGCAAGAAAUGUGGUGGAUGUGGCCAUGGGCGCCCCUGAGUGCUGGCUGCUGGAUGUCCCAAACAUCAUCAAGUCCAUCCACCAAAACAUCACAGGCGUCAAAAUGGAGACAGCGCGGCACAGCGUGGAGUCACUGCUGCUCCUCCUGACCCAGCAUCAUCCGACCAAAGUGCUUGCGACACUAAUGACCAUCGCACCACCAAGAGACAGCUCUGCCCUGCCUGUGUGGGAGGCCAUGUUCUCCAUGCCAGAAACCAUGGAGAGCAUCUUGAUGGAGCUGUUCUUGUGGCACCAGAGGGAACGGGAGCAGCUCCUCUACGCUUUACCGGAGGACAUCGGCAUCCUUCAGUUGCUUGUCCUGGCCUGCAAGGACUUCCAAAAUGACAGUUUUGAGGCAUUGUGUAAAUUCUGGAGAUUCCUGAGGUCUCCAAACCCAGCCAUAUGCCCACUAGUGCUCCAAGGCUUCAUGGUGCUCUCUCAGAGAGCCGAGACGGCAAGAAGAAUGCGGGUCCUCCUGCCGGACAUAACAGAGGACCUGCAGUCCAGCAGUGAAGAUAUCGUGAUAAGGGCCCUGGGGACCAUUCGAAAUAUAACAGGUUAUCUGAAGAAGGAGGAGGCCAGCUCCAGCGCCUUGCAGCUUGUGGAAAAGCUGCUGCCCCUCUUUGAUCACGAGCUCAGCCAGGUGAGACAACAAGCCAUCGGGUGCUUCAAGGAGCAGCUGAAGAGCGUGGCAUGGAAGCACAAGAGCCUGAUGAACAGCAAAGUGAGAAUGGCCCUGCUCCCUCUAUUCUUGCACUUGAGCGAUGAAACGCCAAGUGUGGCCAAGGCAUCUGAGGAAGCUCUCCUGGUGGCAGCAAAGUUCCUCGGCUGGAGGGAGCUCAAAGAGCCCAUCCGGUCUCAGCAGAUGUGGAUAAUAGCAGAGUGCUUGGAGGGAAGAGAGUACAGCAUGAACAGAGAAGAGAAUGAAAACUCAGAGAAAGAGCGGUGUAUUAAGCAGACCCAGAUACCAACAGAGAACACAGGACUUGUUAACAACAAGGCAAAUACUGGCUACUACUAA